GGUCCAAUUGAUAACAUGCUUUUUGUACUCAACCAGGUACCCACCGAGAAUCACAUAAAUAGCGAUAGUCCAAUGAGCGCGCAUGUGGAUGCGGAUGCGCAACGCUUUGGUAGCAGUGGCGGUGAUGGUGGUGGAAGUGGGGCGAAUGGUGCUAGCAUUGGCGCUACCAUGGACAACUUGGAGAACGAAUUGAAGAUGAUGAAGAACCUGAGCAGCUUCCCCAUGCAGAUACCGCCAUUGCCUAUGUUCCAAGGAGCAUGCAAUAUUUCGCCGAACGCCUCAACGCCCACCAAUCCGCAGAGCAAUCAAAACCAGAAUGAUGUAGAUGUGGAUGCCGGCAGCACGCCGCGUCCCCACCAUCCUGAUUCUGAUGGUUUCUCUUCGUCGCACCACCGGACACCGCCCUCGCCGCCACCCAUAUCGCCGGGUCGUGACUAUGGAGGCAUGUUUGGUGCCGGCAAUGGUGCCGGCGGACCCGGCUCCAACAGCACGCCCGUGGGCAGCUCCAGCGGAGGUGGUGGUGCUCCAACGACGGGCAACAAUUUAUGCGCAUCGCCUUUGCCGGCAGCGCUGCAGCCACAGCGACGCAACGCCUCCAGCGUGGGAAGCACAUAUCCGGAGCACGAGCUCAUCUCGCCCGCCUCCUCGCCAAGCAUUCCGCGCUACAACUUCAACGGUGAUAUGAUGCGUCACAAGCGCACCGUUCAGGAGCACGAGCAACAGGAGCGACGCCAUAAUAUCUCGCGGCACAACCAAAUGUCCAGCGAUGAAGAGAACAGCAUUAUGCCACAGAACAGCGCUGGGCAGGAUAUGCGCAUGAAGUUCCCGCAAUCACAAAUCGAUCUCAUGUACUCCAAAUAUGAGAGCAUGGCCAGCAACCUGAAGUACAACAGCCAGGAGCUGGAUUCACCAGCCGAGUAUCGGCAAAGCGGCAAUAGCAACGCGGCAAGUGCUGCUGUUGCCGCUGCUGCUGCUGCCAGCGCUGCGAACGACAUGUCGGAUCUGCAAGGGCUGGACAUGAGCUCGCGAUCGAAUACGUCUAGCAACUAUCAUCAUAACUUUCAACUGCCAAGCAGCCGGUACCAUCAUCACAUCUACGACAUACUCUCCGAUCGGGAGCAGAGUCAGCAAGUGCAGGCGCAGCAGCAGGCACCGGCAUCGGUGGUGCAUCAGCAGGAGCAUGGCAGCCAUGGUGGCCAUAGCAGUCAGCUGGCGAUGCAGCAGCAUCAAUCGGCGGCGAUGCACAACAUGCUUAGCGAACAGCUGGGUGAGCAGGAGCACGAUCAGACCACAUCGGUGGAUCUUAGUCGCACCGCCAACUAUGUGGUGUCGUCGCCACCGCAGCUACCCUACAGCCAUUCGCAUCACGAUAUGCUGCGCAUGGCCUCGCUGGACCUGACACCUAACACGGCUAACAUGGCGGUGGGAAAUAAUCGUUCGUUUCUGUCCUCACAGAUGCAACACCAGAGUCGUGAGAGCCUAGAACAUCAUCGACUGCUCUCCACGGUCGAACAACAUCGCAUAUUGGCCGCCUCAAACGCGGCUGCGGAUCAGCACCGGCUUCUUGUUGAUCCUACUGCCCACCUGCUAAUGGAGCAAAACAAUCGAUUACUGGGCACCGCGGAUCAAUCACGUCUCCUUGGCGAAUCGGCGGCGGCAGCUGCCCAGAACCGGCACAUGGCUCGGAGCUUUGGAGCCUAUCAUCAGGUGGCGUCCAGCAACUAUCAUCCGGGCGUACGACCACCGCCGGUGCUGCCUUCGGCCAAUCAUCAUGCUUCCAAUCCGUCUAAUUAUCAUCCCUUUCCCGCCUACUACUAAUGGACAUCCUUGAUCUAUCGGUCGCUAUUCGCAAAGUCCAAUAAGAA